AUGAUGAUGGGAUGGAAAGCCGGGGUUUUGGUCUUGUCCAUCUCGGUGGCGUUGUCCAUGGCCAAAGUGUCGAUGGGUGUCCACCGCGCGUUCGAAGUCGCAUCCACUGCGGACGUCGUCGUCGAGUACGCGCGGCCCUCGUCCGUGCACACGUUAAUGGCCGCCCUCCCCAUCCACCUGGACCACCAAGACACCUCCUCGUCGUCCCCGUUGAACCAACGAGAUAACGCCCGACGCACAGCCAUGUACCAAACGCUGGUCGCUGAAUCCACCAAAGCGCGCGCCGUGCUCGCCGCGCACUUUCCGUCGGCGCAAUGCACCCAUGUGUGGAUCAAGACGUCGGCGUUUUGCAACGGGCUGACUGUGGACCAAGUCCACGGCAUCGCCGCCUUGUCCAGCGUCCACAAGAUCGACGUGCCGUUCACGGUGCGGUUGCACUCGACGUUGUCACGUGAUGGACGGAAGGCGGUUCGUCCCGUUCAAAAGAAAGCCGCCGCCGAUGCCAACAUCUCGUCCGACGACCCCCCAUCGUCGUCGUCGUCGAGGGUGGUCGAGUGGGGGGUGGCGACGAUCGGGGCCCCGGACGUGUGGCAUCACACGACCGGCGAAGGCAUCGUCGUUGGUUCCAUCGACACGGGCGCCAACGCCAACCACGAAGCAAUUAAACACAACUUCCGACGGGUCAAAGGCUGGUUCAACCCGUACAACACCACCACCGACAUCGGCGGCGAUGAUCUACCGAUGGACUCGCACGGCCACGGUACACACACGAUCGGGACCAUGGUGGGGUCGCAUGGCAUCGGCGUGGCCCCGGGCGCUCAGUGGAUCGCGUGCCUCGGGUUGAACGGCGACGUGGGCAGCCAGCUGGCAUUGGUGCAGUGCGCGCAAUUUGUAAUGUGUCCGUCGCGACGAGACGGCUCGCACUCCGAGUGCAAACUUGGCGCGGACGUGGUCAACAACAGCUGGGGCGACGAUGGCGGCGGCGCGUACAACGACUGGUUCCAAGACAUCGUGGCCAUCUGGCAGUAUGUUGGGAUCACGCCCGUGUUUUCCGCGGGCAACAGCGGCCCCAACUGCGCCACCACCGGCAACCCCGCCCGGUACGACAACGUGCUCGCGGUGGGCGCGGUCGGGUCGUACGCAAACGAUCCGACCCAGCUGGCCUUCUUCAGUGCCAAGGGACCUGUGACCGCGGGGUACCCGUCCUCGUCUUCAAACGCGACGACGGCUGGCGGCUGGCGAGGCAAGCCGGACGUGGUCGCGCCAGGCUUCUUCACCGUGUCGGCCAACGCCCGCGAUGACGCGGGGUACGUGGCACUCGCAGGAACGUCCAUGGCGUCUCCCCAUGUAGCGGGCGUGGUGGCGCUGCUGAAGAGCAAGCAACGAGAUCUCACAUACGCCGACAUUUACCGCCUCAUCACGUCCACGGCGGACCGCGCCGUCCUCCAGCCGGAACCCGCCACAUGGACGUUCAAGAAUGGAUCGGUGCUUGGCCCUGGAGCGGUCAACUGCGGCGACGUGUUGGAUUCAGCUUGGCCAAACAACCGAUACGGGUAUGGCCGGGUGAACGUAGCCGCCAUGUUUCGCGAGGACGGGUCGUUGAAGUGCGCGGAAGGGGAUGAUGACGGUGAUGCAUCGCCGUCACCUCCACAUGUAACCACGAGUCUUCUACCUCGACCACCAGCGACUACUAGUACUAGUACAACUCGCGCGUGCAGUGCCGCGGAAACGGACGUUGACUUUCUUGGUCAUGACCUGUAUGGAGUUAAAGCGACGAAUGCCGCCGACUGCUGUGGGCUAUGCAUGGAACAGGAGGCUUGUGCGGGGUUCUCGCAUCUUCACGGGGUGUGCUUCCUCAAGCAAGUCAUGGGCGAACGCGUCGACAAGACUGGCGCUGUCUCCGGUCGGGUGGUGGUGGUGGGGUGA